AUGGUCAACGGAGAAGUCGAGCUGCGCACAACUUCGCGCACCAAUGGUGACGCUCCCGCCCCGAUCCUGAACAGGAUCAGUCGAUACAUCACGCAAUCCUCCGACAAGGGAGCUGCUCAAUCCAUGCUUCACGCGUGCGGUCUUUCGGUACAAGACCUCGACAAGCCCCAGGUUGGCAUCUCAUCUGUAUGGUGGGAAGGCAACCCAUGCAAUACUCACCUGCUCGAAUUUGGCCGCAAGAUCAAGCAAGGCUGCGAAGCGGAAGGUCUGGUGGGCUUGCAAAAUAACACGGUGGGCGUUUCCGAUGCCAUCACCAUGGGCGGCCCCGGAAUGCAGUAUUCGCUUCCUUCGAGAGAGCUGAUCGCCGACUCUAUCGAGACGAUCACCCUCGCGCAGUAUCAUGACGCUAAUGUGUCCAUCCCCGGUUGUGACAAGAACAUGCCUGGCUGUCUCAUUGCUUGUCUGCGUCACAACCGCCCAUCAAUCAUCGUUUAUGGCGGCACGAUCCAACCCGGCAAGCACGGAAUGGACAUACCCGCUCUUGGAAGGAAGAAGGGCGACCCAUGCAAUGUCGCCGACAAUUUCGAAGCGACAGGAGCUUACGCCAAGGGCCUCAUCACGGCAGAAGAGCGUGUCGACCUGAUCCGCAACGCCUGUCCCGGUCCUGGUGCUUGCGGAGGCAUGUACACCGCCAACACCUUGUCUAUCGCGAUCGAAGUCAUGGGGAUGGGUCUCCCGUUGACCAGCAGUACUCCCGCUGUCUACCCUGAAAAGAUGCAAGAAUGUCUGCGUGUUGGAGCCUACAUCAAGAAUCUGCUAGCCAAGGAUAUCAAGCCUCGCGACAUCAUGACCAAGAAGGCUUUUGAGAAUGCUAUCGUGAUGACUCAUGUUCUUGGUGGCUCGACUAAUGCUGUUCUCCAUCUCAUCGCUGUUGCACGUGCUGGCGAUAUCGACAUUACCAUCGACGACUUCCAAAGGCUCGGCGACAAGACACCCAUGUUGGCCGACGUCAAGCCAUCGGGCAAGUAUUACAUGGAAGACAUUCACAAGAUCGGAGGUGUUCCUCGUGUGCUCAAGUACAUUCUGGAGAACACGGAUCUGCUUCAUGGUGACGUGAUGACGGUGACGGGUAAAACGAUGCGCGAGAAUCUCGUCGAUGUUGAACCACUGGAGUUUGAGACGCAAGAUAUCAUCCGACCUCUCAGCAACCCUAUCAAGGCAACGGGCCACCUGACCAUCAUGCGUGGAUCGCUGUGCCCCGGCGGAGCUGUGUCCAAGCUGACGGGCAAAGAGGGGCUGUACUUUGACGGCAGCGCUGUUGUCUUUGACUCUGAAGACGGCAUCACCGAAGCAAUCGCAGAAGGCCGUGUCAAAGAAGGCAGCGUUGUCGUCAUUCGCUAUGUUGGACCAAAAGGUGGUCCUGGUAUGCCCGAGAUGCUCGGACCAACCGGUGCGAUCAUGGGCGCAGGUCUCGGAAAAACAGUAGCGCUCAUCACCGACGGUCGUUUCUCUGGCGCUUCGCACGGAUUUUGCACAGGACAUGUUGUGCCAGAAGCAGCCCUGGGAGGACCGAUCGCGCUCGUACAAGACGGAGACAGGAUCACUGUCGAUGCCAACACGCGCGAGAUCAACUUGCACAUCAGUGACGAAGAGAUGGAGAAGAGGAAACAGUGGUGGCUCAAAGAGAAAAAGCCUACUCUGACAAAGAAACACAAGCGCGGUUGGCUGUACAAGUUUGCAAGGGAUGUACAAAACGCUUCCGAGGGUUGUGUUACUGAUCGCGAUCUGUUUUGA